GCAAGAAAAAAUUAAUAAUAAUUGAAGUGUUAAUCAUAUAAAUAAAAGUGCAUUUCAACAAAAAUUGCAUUAAAGCAAUUAAAAAACAAAACAUUAGUGAUAGAGUGUGUGUGUAUUAAAAAGAAAAAAAUAAUUGUGAAAUUUAGACGAAAAAACAGAAACACAACACAAAGAAUAAGCAAAACCAAACACGACCAGACAAGAGAAAGCUUGUUUGUAAUUUAAAGUUUAUUUUGAUUUUAGUUUAUUUUUUGUGCAAAAAAUGGAAAAUACAGAAAAUUUAAGUGACUUAAUAACUACCACUACACCCGAUGUAGAAGUGGAAGUUAUAGCAACCAUGGAGUCAGGUCCACCUGCUAUACAGCAAGAUGAUUUAGAUGAUUCCGUGCAGAUAAUAGAAACUCCAAUUGAAGUAUUAGAUUUGACAUCGCCACAACCCUCAACCUCCACCAGCUCUAACAGUGCAGGCGCUGUAGGGGCCAGUAAUAGUUUAGUGAAAAGAAAUUUAGAAGAAGCCUUGAAAGAAGUCAGCUCGGAUCAAAAUCCCUCAACCUCUUCCUCGGCUGCCACUACUAGCAGCAGCAGCAGUAGCAACACUAGCAAUCUCUUGGAAUGUCCCAUUUGUUUGCAAACCUGCAUACAUCCAGCUCGUUUGCCGUGUGGUCAUAUAUUUUGUUUCCUUUGUGUAAAAGGUGUGGCUUAUAAAAAUCGCCGCUGUGCUAUGUGCCGCCGUGAAAUACCACCGGAAUUUUUAGAUCAUCCACAACUUGUUAAUGGCAUUGAGGAUAUUUGCACAACAAAAGCCACAGACGAUGGUUAUCAGUGGUUCUAUGAAGGACGUAAUGGUGGCUGGUGGGCAUAUGAAAAACGUAGUGCCUCUGAAAUUGAAGAAGCCUUUCAAAAUUUAUGUUGGUGGCAAUACGAUGAUCGCACUAGCCAAGACUUAGAGGAGGCUUUCAAGAAAGGUGAACGUUCUUGCACCAUUUUGGUGGCCGGUUAUGUGUACAUUGUUGAUUUCGAUGCCAUGAUACAACAGCGCCAAAAUGAACCGGCCCGCUGUCGUCGCGUUAAACGCGAUUUGGCUACCAUACCCAAGAAAGGCGUAGCUGGUCUACGCAUUGAGGGUAAUACGGUGACAACGGAUUCAAAUUUUGCUGCCCAAGUGUAUCAGAGUCGUCAGAACAGAUAUCGCAGUGGCGAAUUGUUAAACGAUGGCGAUUUAGAAACUCCCGACAAUGCCAUUUUACGUACUCAUGCUCCCAACGAUCCGGCAUCACCCAAUCCUCAGGGACGUUUGCGUUUAUCUUAUGGUGGCUUAGGUGGCUAUGUCAUCGAACUGGGCAAUCCCAGUGAGUUUGUAUCGACAGCAGCCGCCACAGAUGCCGCCCUACGUAUAGCCAGUGAUAUUAUAGGUUCAACACUAGCCCAUGCUGAUGAACUAACACGUUCCGGCAGCAAUAACACACCAUCCACUUCAGCGAAUAACUAUCAUCAUCAUACAAUAAACAAUCAAGAUACUUCCUUGAAUUCAUCAUCAUCUAAUGAGCUUAGUUUAAAUGAUUUAACACUUAAUACACAUUUAACAACAUCACCAGCAACGGCCACCACCAAUACGGCUGCUAAUAAUAUGACCUCCUCAUUAUUAACUAAUAAUAGUGUUGGUGGAGGGGUUGUUAAUUUGUCUCGCGAAAGAGGCAGUCGUGAAUUAUUGGGGGCUGCAGAAGAUUUACUGGGCGCCACACAACGUGUCAUUGCCACCGCUGAUCAGCCAACUAUAGAUUUAUUUGAACAGACUUUAAAUGAUUUUCAUGCUUUAACUUUACGCAAUAUUGUUGAUUCUAGUGACGAUGAUAAUGAUGCCGAACAGCAACAACAUUCAACUCCUACUGGCCAAAGGUCUUCAUUUCAAUCGUAUAAUCAGGAAAAUCCAUAAUUAAAACAAAAAAUUCGUACUUAAGACGAACUAAAACUAAAACAAAUACCCCUACACAAGAAAUAUUUAACUAGAUAACAACUAUAUUAUUAAACAUUGAAAAAGAAAAGAAAGAAAAGUAUUCCUUGCAACAAACAAACAAAUAAGCAAAAUAAUAAAACAAUAAACCAUUUAAUAUAUAGUAAAUACAAAUAUAAA